AUGGAUCCUGCGCUUCUGGCGAGCACUUCAUCAUUUGGGGAAGCACUCUCGGAACGGUUGACAGUCAGCUGCCCACCAGAACCGUGUGCAUCCUCUGAUGCAGAAUUGAACGCGGAUGAACCUAUCCUGUCCAGCGUACACCCUGAACGCAACCAUGUCAUAGCCAAUGACCUACCUCCUUUCAAGAAAGAGCGACCAGAACGACCUGGAGAGAUUGAAGAUGAGAGGUCCACAUCAAGCCGCGCUUGCAGCACAUUGUUGGAGGAAGGAGCGGAAGAAGGAGAAGAAGAAGCUGUUCCUGAGACAGAUCGUUUUGGAUUCUUUGUUGAGCAAGACGCGAUGGGACCGAGCUUUGAGCCAACCAUUGAUGUAGCAAAACUGAGAAGUCGUGAAAUGAAAUGGAUACAUAUGAUGGACAACUGGCGCUACUUCAUGGAUGAAAAGUACUCAACUGUUCGAAAACGAUGUAGGAAAGGCAUCCCUCCAUCUGUGCGUGGGAAGGCCUGGAAGUAUUUGUGCGGUGCAACAUAUCAGAUGGAAGUAUCGCCUAACAGGACGGUUUUUGAUAGGUGCAUAGAGCAGGUUGGAGAUCCAAAAUGGAUAGAUGACAUUGAGAAGGACCUCAAUCGACAAUUUCCGAAUCAUGAGAUGUUUUCUCGCUAUGGGAAAUACGGCGAUGGAGGAAAGGACGAUUUAUUCCAACUUCUAAAGGCAUGGACAGUCCUCCAUCCCGAGGAGGGCUAUUGUCAGGGGCAGGCCCCUGUAGCUUCUGUCUUGUUGAUGCAUAUGCCCCUGAAAGAUGCGUUUUAUUGUUUUGUACAAAUCUGCCAUCGUUAUCUCCCGGACUAUUAUAGCCCCGGCCUUGAGGCUGUACAAGUUGAUGGAGAUAUUCUUGUUCAACUGCUCAAAGACAAAUCGAAGAUCAGUUACCAGCAUCUGAAGAAGCAUAAUGUGGAGCCAGUUCUUUAUAUGGUUGAAUGGUUUAUGUGCAUUUUCUGUCGUACGCUGCCAUGGCCAACUGUCCUUCGAGUAUGGGAUAUGUUUUUGUGCGAAGGAGCAAAAGUUUUGUUCAAAGUUGCUCUUGUGUUGUUCAAGUAUGGGCUAGGCACAAAAGAGCAGUGUAAGCAGUAUCCGGAUCUGCAUUCGAUUGUCACUAGGCUGAGGAACUUACCUCAACAAAUCACUUCUGAAGAAUUCCUUGUGGCCAAGGUUUGUGAAUUGAACCUGAACGAUGCUGAUCUCGAAAAAAUACAUUUCAGAGCGCUCAAAUUACGACAAAUCAAAAUAGCCCAAAAAUAGUAGUAUAUUAUAGCAUAAAGUCCUAUUUUCCAAUGAUACGAGUGUCUCUUUUUGUUUAUUGUAUCUCAUCCACAAUAAAGUGUUUCUUUUUUGAAA